AUGCCCCGGCAGGCGAUCCUGGCAGCCCAGCGGCGCGGAGAGGAUGUGGAGACCUCCAAGAAGUGGGCAGCAGGCCAGAACAAACAACACUUUAUUACAAAGAACACGGCCAAGCUCGACCGAGAGACUGAAGAGCUGCACCAUGACAGAGUUCCCCUGGAGGUGGGCAAAGUGAUCCAGCAGGGCCGGCAGAGCAAGGGCAUGACACAGAAGGACUUGGCCACGAAAAUCAAUGAAAAACCACAAGUUAUUGCUGACUAUGAAUCCGGAAGAGCAAUCCCCAACAACCAGGUUAUGGGCAAGAUCGAAAGAGCCAUUGGCCUUAAACUGCGUGGGAAGGAUAUUGGAAAACCGCUGGAAACCGGCCCCAAAGGGAAAUGACAACAAAGCCUCGAAAUCAGUUUGUUCAGACUGAUCCCACCUGGCUGGUUCUCCUCGUCCACUAGGAUCUCUCUGUGCAUUGCCAAGCUGAACAAGAGGGUUACAGACUUGCUUUGGGGGGGAAAUCUGCCGAAUCUGUUCCUGCUGUAAAAAGACAACCUUAAAGAAGCAAUUUUCCUGGUUUUGUUUUUCCUUCCUCCUUUCCAGAGUUUGAGGAACCCAAA